GGGAGAUUGGCAGCUGAGGCGGAGCUAGCUGCUUCCGGACCGGCAACUCUCCGUCACGUGAUCGCGCAAGAUGGCGACCCCCAGCGACGGUGCCUGUGGGCAGGAGGCGGCUGCGGCUGCGGCUCCACCCGGGGACCUCCGCAGCGCCCUGAUCACGAGCGUCCUGGACUUGGAGGCGCUGGACUUGGACCUUUUCCGAGGGAUGCACUACUGGGUACCAGUAACCCAGCGGCUCUUUGGUGGGCAGAUAGUGGGCCAGGCCUUGGUGGCUGCUGCAAAGUCUGUGACUGAGGAGGUCCACAUCCAUUCGUUGCAUUGCUACUUUGUCAGAGCAGGGGAUCCCACCGUGCCGGUUCUCUACCAGGUGGAGCGCACCCGCACAGGGAAGAGCUUCUCAGUCCGGUCAGUCAAGGCCAUCCAGCAUGGGCAGCCCAUCCUCAUCUGCCAGGCCUCCUUCCAGCAGGCCCAGGCCAGCCCCCUGCAGCACCAGUUCCACAUGCCUGACGUGCCACUCCCCGAGGAGCUGCUGACUCAGGAGGAGCUCAUCCAGAAGUACCUACAGGACCCAAACCUCCUGGAGAGGUACAGACAGAGGCUGAAGAAGAUGCUGGCACAGGAGGUGCCCAUCGAGAUCAAGCCGGUGAACCCACCUGACGUCUUCCACUGGAACCCACAGGAACCCAAGCAGCUCCUCUGGGUGCGGGCUCGAGGCCACAUUGGGGAAAGCGACAUGAAGCUGCACUGCUGCGUGGCGGCCUACAUUUCGGACUAUGCUUUCCUGAACACAGCGCUGCUGCCUCACCAGUACCACAAGGUCACCUUCAUGGCCUCCCUGGACCACUCCAUGUGGUUCCACACUCCCUUCCGCGCCGACCACUGGAUGCUGUACGAAUGCGAGAGCCCCUGGGCUGGUGGGUGCCGGGGGCUGGUGCACGGGCGGCUCUGGCGCAGGGAUGGCGUUCUGGCCGCCAGCUGUGCUCAGGAAGGAGUCAUCCGCGUGGAGGAACAGCCCGCCAAGAGCAAGCUGUAGCCCGAGCGUUGCUUCUGCCCGGCCCGGAGCCGAGCUGGAAGAUGCAUGCAAAGAGCCCCACGCAGAAGCACUGGCCAGGGUGGCUUUAUUUAUUGGUUAGACGCAGGCCGCCGGGCUUCGGCUCUCCCUACUGCUAAUAAAGUGACCGAGGCUUCC